UAAGGGUUGCGCUAGCUGUUACCUCCCGGAUGAUGUUGCGCAGAAGAAGACGCCGUCGGGGGGAGACAAGAGGAAGAAGAUGACAGGGCGCGCAAAAAGAAAACCCAAAUCCAGUCAGGAGUCGGGCACGGGCAAAGGGGAGGUGAAAAAAGUCUGCACGGGUGAAUCCAAAGAGGCGCCGUUGUCCGAGGUGAAUUCAGAGCAGCGUGAUGAGGUCACGCAGCUGUACAAGCUGCAGACGCCGGAGGAUCUGUACCACUUCUGGGACUUCUGCAAGGAGCUUUGUCCUGACAGCCCUCGUGGUGCACUGAAAGACACACUCGGUUUGCAGCUGGUCGGUCCUUUUGACGUUCUCGCCGGAGCUCACAAACUCUCAAAGAACCCUCAGCCCAACUUCCACCUUCACUGGAGGUAUUUUUACGACCCCCCUGAGUUUCAGACCAUCCUUCGGGGGGGCGAGGACAGUCAGCAGCACCUGGGCUAUUACAGAGACACUCCAGACUCCAUGCCCUCGUUUGUCGGGGAGAACGACGCAAAGAAAGGCUACACGAUCGCACAGAUGGGGGACAACGUGUUUGCUGCUGUCCUGUUGUUUCUGUUAAAGAGAAGGAAAGAGAGAGGCGGAAAGAAAGCAGCUGGAGAUGCUUUGGAAAGCCUGGAGGUCCAGCUGAGAGAGCGGGCAGAGAGGCUGGGCUUGUCUCUGGAGCAGAAGACAAAGAGCAUGAAGCAGAGGGACAAGAAGGUCGUCACCAAGACUUUUCACUCUGCUGGCAUCGUUGUACCUGUAGACAAGAAUGAUGUAGGAUACAGAGAACUACCAGAGACAGACGCUGGUCUCAAAAAGAUUUGUAAAGCGAUCGCUGAAGCCCAAAACGACGAGGAGCGCGUGAAAGCCUUCGGACCUCUCCAGGAGAUGAUCACCUUUGUCCAGUUUGCCAACGACGAGUGUGACUACGGCAUGGGCUACGAGCUGGGAAUAGAUCUCUUCAGUUACGGAUCUCAUUAUUUCCACAAGGUCAUCAAGCAGCUUCUGCCCAUGGCUUACAACCUGCUCAAAAGGAAUUUAUUUGGGGAAAUUCUUGAGGCCCACCUCUCCAGCCGUAGCCAUGACGACCUGGACCAACUCUCUGAGCGAUAAAAAGAUGGGAAAAAAAAAAAAAAAGACUCACAUGUCCACUUCAGUUCGGGCUCUCAUAAGCUUUUUUUUUCUCCACCGUUAAUCUGUGUCUUUUGUUGUUCGUCACUGUUCAUGUUACUUGAUUGUUAUGGUGCUGCUGUCAUUGAUUUUGAACCAGUUCAAUGAGUUUCAUGUUUUUAAAAAGAACCUAGAUGUCUAAUAAAGUAUUUUUUUAUAUA